AUGUCCGACUCGACCCUUUAUCUCUACACCUCCCUGACGGCGGGGUCCUCGCACAUCGUCACCGCGACCGCUCGUAUCGAGACUAUCCUCAAGGCAAAUAAGCUUCCCUUCCGUGCUAUCGAUGUUGCCACGGAUGAGGCUGCCCGUAAGCUUUGGGGCCGUCGGUCUAAGGGGAAGAAGUUGCCCGGCCUGGUCAAGUAUGGAAAUGUCGUCGGAGACCUGGAAGAAGUUGAAGAAUGGAACGAAUUCGGCGAACUGCGCAUGAUCGUCAACAGCGUCCAGGAUGUGGAUGGUAUGCCCGCUACCAGCUAUCCUCUCCCCGUGUCCGAAUCCCCCGCGCCAGCACCUACCACCCCCAAACCCUCCACCAUUAAAAUCCAAAGCCCGCCCGCGACCAGACCCGAGGAGAAGAAGGACGAACACGCCGUCCUCGCCCUCCGCCAGGCUAGCUCCGAAGCCGCCAACAAGGCUAAGAGCAAAGCGGACGAGAAGAAGGCCGAGCCAAAGCUCGAGUCAAAGGAGGAAGACACCCAGCCCCAAUGCUCCUCCCCUCCCAAGACACGCCGCGUCUCCGUUGCCCCCGAGCUCCCCGACUUCGCCCCCGACUCGCCCGCCGGCCCCAAACGACCUCCUCUCAUCCCGGAAGUUGCGGCCGUGUCAUCGGCGAACUUCCACGUGGAUAAUGCGGUCGAGUUGGGACUUGUGGAGCACCAUCGGGGCUCGAUUAUUUCGACCGGUGAUAAUGCGGAUAAGGAUAAGAUUGUGACGGAGAUCCGGCAGUCGAUUUCCGGGGCGGAUGCGCCGGGGGGUUCGUUGGAUGCGUUGAGGAAGGAGGCUGCUGAGAGGCCGCAAGAUGAGAGUAUCGUUGAGGAGGGUCCUAUUGUGGAGGAGGCUGAGAAGGAGGAGAAGGCGGAGAAGGCGGAGAAGGCGGAGAAUGUGGAAGAGAAGAAGAAGGAAGAUGAGAAAAAUGUUGAACCCUCCAAGACCAAGGAGUCCAAGGAGGAGUCUUCUACUACGGCGCAAGAUACCACGGCUGCGGAGGAGACGACCACGAAGGAGUAG